AUGUUUCUCAUUGGUGGACUAGACGAGCGGAUUUGCGCCGAGAUUUGACGUCAUAAUUACGCGACUCUACCGCUGCGAAGAUGCAAGUGUGACCUACGGACACGGGUGGGCACCUCAUCAUGGCAGUGGCAGCCCUCACGCAGGCUCUUGGGUGCCUGUCUUUGAACAUUUCUUCAGGUGUAAGAGGCCGGUGCCACACUCUGGCCGUGUUUUCUCAGGCCCUCAGAUCGACCGCACCACACCAGGCCUCUCUUGCUGGCUACUCACCCCGGACACCUUGGCAGCUCCUCACCUCUCCGCUGAGGGGACUCCAGACUUCUGCUGUACUCUGCCAGAACAAUCCCCACUGGAAGGAGAGAACAAAAUACACGAUUCAGCCCAUUGGGAAAAAGAAGACGGGAGGCAGAGACCACACAGGAAGAAUAAGGACACACGGCAUUGGCGGUGGCCACAAGCAGCUUUAUCGAAUGGUGGAUUUUCAACGUUUACGCUACGAACCUGAAAACGAAAAUGAGCCAUUUGAAGAGAAAGUUGUGGAAGUGCGCUAUGAUCCCUGCAGAUCUGCAGAUAUCGCCUUAGUGGCUGGAGGGAAAAGAAAAAGAUGGAUUAUUGCAUCAGAAAACAUGAAAGCUGGAGAUGUUGUGAAAACAUCGGGGGUCAUCAGUAGAAUGGCAGUGUCUGCAAAGGAAGGGGAUGCGUACCCCCUGGGAGCGCUGCCAGUUGGCACCCUUGUGCACAACGUGGAAAUUGAAGCUGGGAAAGGAGGGCAGUAUGUCAGAGCAGCAGGAACUUGCGCCAUCUUACUGAGAAAAGUAAACGGAACAGCAAUUCUACAGCUGCCAUCGAAACGUCAGAUUCAGGUCCUGGAGACUUGCAUGGCCACUAUCGGAAGGGUGUCAAACGUGGAUCACGACAAGCGCAUCAUCGGAAAGGCGGGACGAAACCGCUGGCUUGGAAUCCGACCCUCGAGUGGAAAGUGGAAGAGAAAGGGUGGCUGGGCCGGAAGGAAGGUCAGACCGAUUCCUCCCAUGAAAAGUUACGUGAACCUCCCCUCCAUAGCAGUCAGUGGAAAGCUCUAGGAGCUCUUGUCAACGUUUUGGCUGUUAUUGUAUUUCCAAAAUAAAAAUAAAGUGAAGUAACGAGUUUAAA